AUGCGCGAAAUUCUCUAUCUCAUGAUCGGCCAAUGCGGCAAUCAAAUCGGUGCCAAGUUUUGGGAGGUGAUCGCAGACGAGCAUGGCAUUGGUCCUGACGGUUUCUACCGGGGUGAUUCAGACCUCCAAAUUGAGCGCAUCCACGUCUACUUCAUGGAGGCGGCUGGUGGUCGAAUGGUGCCACGGACAGUGCUAGCCGAUCUUGAACCGGGCACUCUGGACACGGUGCGUUCGGGACCCUAUGGAUGUCUGUUCCGGCCUGACAACUUUGCCUUCGGUAACGCGGGUGCAGGCAACAACUGGGCAAAAGGCCACUACACAGAGGGUGCCGAAAUGAUUGAGAGUAUCAUGGAGAUUGUGCAUCGAGAGUGCGAGGCUUGUGAUUGCCUACAGGGCUUCCAGGUGGUGCAUUCUAUGGGUGGCGGAACUGGCGCUGGAAUGGGAACUUUACUAAUCUCCAAGAUUAGGGAACACUAUCCUGACCGCAUCAUGUGCACCUUCUCUUGCUAUCCCUCGCCUAAGGUCUCUGAUGUGGUAGUAGAACCUUACAACGCAAUCCUCUCACAAAACCAACUCAUUGAUCUGGCCGAGCAGACCUUUGUGAUUGACAAUGAGGCUCUUUAUGACAUUUGUUCUCGCACUCUGAGACUCAAAGAUCCAACCUAUGGGGACUUGAAUCAUCUCGUUAGCAUUACUAUGUCCGGCAUCACCACCUCACUUCGCUUUCCCGGUCAGUUAAAUGCAGAUCUUCGAAAACUUGGCAAUAAUUUAAUUCCCUUUCCUCGUGUUCACUUCUUUGUCACGGGAUUUGCACCUCUGCUUUCGCGAUGCUCAAUGUCCUAUCGCUCGGAGUCGGUGCACGAACUCACCUCGCAGGUCUUCCAUCGUCACAACAUCAUGUCGGCAUGUAAUCCUCUCAUGGGUCGCUAUCUCACUGUUGCAGCCAUGUUCAGAGGCCGACUCUCUAUCAAGGAGGUCACGAGAGAGAUGCGAGCAGUAAAAUCACGCAAUUCGCCUUGUUUUGUUGAAUGGAUCCCCAAUAACGUCAAGACAGCUGUGUGUGAUGUGCCUCCUCGAGGGCUCAAGAUGUCUGUCACUUUUAUUGGAAACACCACUGCCAUUCAGGAGAUUUUUUAUCGUCUGGGUGAGAAAUUUUUGGUCAUGUUGAAACGCAAAGCCUUCCUCCACUGGUAUACCGCCGAGGGGAUGGAUGAGUGCGACUUUACAGCAGCUAUCGCAAACGUGUCUGAUGUGGUGGUGGAACCGUAUAAUGCCACACUGUCAAGUCACUUUUUGACUGAAUAUUCGGACAUGAGUUUUGUGAUUGAUAAUGAGGCACUGUACGACAUUUGCUAUCGUGUACUGAAAGUGGAUAAACCGACUUACGGGGAUUUGAACCACCUCGUCUCAGCUGCAAUGGCUGGUGUGACAACAUGUCUCCGAUUUCCCGGUCAAUUGAAUGCUGAUUUGCGCAAACUAUGCACUAAUUUGAUUCCAUUUCCUCUCCUCCACUUCUUCAUUCCCGCCUUUGCUCCACUAACAUCACGAUUUGUUCAGACGUACUACAAUCACACCAUUCAUGACUUGACAACACAAAUUUUUGACUCUAAAAAUCUCAUGACUGCAUGCGAUCCACGUCAUGGAAAGUACAUCACCGUGGCAAGUGUCUUUCGAGGUCGUUUAUCCAUCAAGGAGUUGGAGGAGGAGAUGCAACAAGUACAGAGUCGCAAUUCUGCCUUCUUUGUGGAGUGGAUUCCAAACAAUGUCAAGACAGCUGUCUGUGAUGUGCCACCACGGGGCCUUAAAAUGGCUGUCACCUUCAUUGGCAACAACACAGCAAUUCAGGAGAGUUUUGAACGUAUUGCGCAACAAUUCAGAACCAUGUUUGGUCGAAAAGCCUUCUUGCAUUGGUACACGUGUGAAGGGAUGGACGAAUGCGAGUUUGACAAUGCUUACACCUCGAUGCUGGAGCUUAUUAUGUCUCUCUUUUCUCUCCCUCCUUACUCAAUGCAGAUAUCGGAGGUGGUGGUAGAACCCUACAACUCAGUUCUGGGUCAGAGUCACCUGAUAGACCUGUCAGAUGAGUCCUUCACAUUGGACAACGAGGCCCUUUUCGACAUCUGUUUUCGCACUCUGAAGAUCCAGCAUCCAACACUGGGCGAUCUCAAUCACCUAGUCUCGGCGACAAUGUCGGGCAUCACCACAUGUCUCCGUUUUCCUGGUCAACUCAAUGCUGAUCUACGCAAAUUGGGUACAAAUCUCAUUCCCUUUCCACGACUUCACUUCUUUGUGCCAGGUUUUGCACCCCUUACCAGUCGGUAUGGUCAAGCCUAUCACACCUACAAUGUCCACGAUCUCACCACCCAGAUGUUUGAAGCGCGAAAUCUAAUGUCAGCAUGUGAUCCACGACAUGGAAAGUAUCUCACGGUGGCAGGCAUGUUUCGAGGCCGAUUGUCCGUGAAGGAGGUGGAGGAGGUGAUCACUGAUGUUCAAAACAAAAAUUCCGCCUUCUUUGUGGAGUGGAUACCAAACAACAUCAAAACAGCAAUUUGUGAUGUGCCACCGAAAGGCAUGACCAUGUCCGCCACAUUUGUGGGCAACACCACAGCAGUUCAGGAAACCUUCAAACGGAUAUGCGAUCAAUUUGCGAUAAUGCUGAAAAAGCGAGCCUUCAUCCACUGGUACACUGCAGAGGGCAUGGACGAGGCGGAGUUCGAUGAGGCCUUCACAAACGUCAACGACUUGAUUGGCGAAUAUCAACAGUAUGAGUGUGAUUAG